GAUGUGGACAUCGAUUCCGAUGGCAUCUUCAAAUACGUGCUAAUUCGAGUCCAUGCGGCGCCGCCUUCCGAGACCCCGGCCGAGGAGAGCAAGGAGAUCGUGCGCGGCUACAAGUGGGCCGAGUACCACGGCCCGAGCCCUCUCUCCUAGACCCCGCUCUCUUGCCCGGGUGCACGCCUGCCUCCCCUCCUGGGGUCUCGGCCCGGAGGGGCUCCUCCGGUGGCCGCGGCCCGUGCUGAGCCGCCUCCCCUGUCCAGCCGACAUCUAUGACAAGGUAUCUGGAGAUAUGCAGAAAAAGGGCUAUAGCUGUGAGUGUCUCGGAGGCGGGCGCAUCUCCCACCAGAGCCAGGACAAGAAGAUCCACGUGUAUGGCUACUCCAUGGGUUAUGGCCGCGCCCAACACUCCAUCUCCACCGAGAAGAUCAAAGCCAUGUAUCCUGACUACGAGGUCACCUGGGCCGAUGAUGGCUACUGAGGCCUGUUCCACGGGCCAGCUUUCUCCCCUGGCCAGGCAGUGGAGACCCACAGUGGCCUGGCCCAAGUGCCCAGAUUUGCCUCACCCACAGGAAUUAAAAAUGUUAUCGCUCCUGCUGUUCCCCA